AUUCGCCCACCUAAGCAUCUAAAAGCACCCAAACAAAACCUAAUCACCGAAGCACAUCAGUCUCUACUCAUAAGUUCUCGCCGGCCCCACCUCUAGGAUCCAAUAGCACUAACUCGGUUCAUAGAUUAGGAUUUCUUUCCGAGUGUUCUUCUUGCUGCCAUCCUGGCCACCGCUGUGCUCAAAGCUUUAAAUCGAAACACCAGCCAAGAACGCGCUUAAUCAUUUUUGGCACCAUUUUUUCUAUUUUUUGGUUGUUUUUUUUUUCUUUCGUCACUCUUCUCGAAGAAGCUAGGGUUUUUUCCCCCUCAGAUCUGGUUCUCCGAGGAGCGAUCUUGGGAAUGCUCGUGGAUUUGGAGCGCGUUUUGUUGUAGGAUUUGAACCUAAUCUCGGGAGCGAUCGUUAAUGGAGAUCGCGGGAUUCAUCGCUCCCGGCCAGGUAUCGUUUCUGCUUGGAUUCAUCCCUGUUUUCGUGGCAUGGAUAUAUUCAGAAUUACUGGAAUACAGGAAAAGUACAGCUUCUCCGAAAGUACAUUCAGACAUCAAUUUGGUUGUGUUAGACAACGUGCCAAAUAGGGAAGAUGAUCAAGCUUCAUUACUAGAGGGCGGUCUUCAAGCAGCAUAUCCGAAAGCUCUCCAAGUGUCUGCCACUUCACCCCUUUUAAGAUUUUGUCUGAUGGAUGAGGCAUUCUUGCUAGAGCAUCGGUUAACAUUGAGGGCCAUUUCCGAAUUUGGAGCUUAUUUGGUCUAUUUUUUCAUAUGUGAUCGGACAAAUCUUCUUGGAGAGUCAAAAAAGAGUUACAGCCGGGAUCUUUUUCUUUUUCUUUACUUUCUUCUCAUCAUAGUCUCAGCAAUGACCUCUUUUAAAAUCCACCAAGACAAGUCGCCAUUCUCUGGAAAGCCCAUACUUUAUCUAAACAGGCAUCAGACUGAGGAAUGGAAGGGAUGGAUGCAGGUACUGUUUUUGAUGUACCACUACUUCAAUGCAAAAGAGAUAUACAAUGCAAUUCGUGUUUUUAUUGCUGCAUAUGUGUGGAUGACUGGAUUUGGGAAUUUCUCAUAUUAUUAUGUCCGGAAAGAUUUCAGCCUGGCCCGAUUUGCUCAGGUGACAUAUUUCAACUAUUUUUUCCCCCUUGCAUUGGUGAUGGGGUCUGGUACUGUAGUUGGUUAUUUCCUUUCCUAUUAUAAUAGAAUGCUGAGAACAAUUUCUAACCGUAUUCAACAGAUGAUGUGGCGCCUUAAUUUCUUUGUGGCAUUUUGCUGCAUUGUCCUUAACAAUGAGUACAUGCUGUAUUACAUCUGCCCCAUGCACACUCUUUUCACCCUUAUGGUUUAUUGUGCACUUGGAAUUCUAAACAAAUACAAUGAGCUCGGAUCAGUGAUUGCAGUAAAAAUAGCUGCCUGCUUUUUGGUUGUUAUUCUGAUCUGGGAGGUUCCGAAAGUCUUUGAUAUAGUUUGGAGCCCACUAACAUUCCUUUUAGGUUACAGUGAUCCAGAUCCUUCAAAACCAAAAUUUCCUCGUUUGCAUGAAUGGCACUUCCGAUCGGGACUGGAUCGGUAUAUUUGGAUUGUGGGAAUGAUAUAUGCCUAUUAUCAUCCAACUGUUGAGAGGUGGAUAGAGAAACUUGAAGAAGCUGAAACAAGGACGAGAAUAUCAAUCAAGACAUUUGUUGUGACAGUUUCACUAGCGAUUGGAUAUCUAUGGUAUGAGUAUAUUUACAAGCUGGACAAGAUUACAUACAAUAAGUAUCAUCCUUAUACAUCUUGGAUCCCAAUAACUGUCUACAUCUGCUUGAGGAACUUCACACAACAGUUUCGGAGCUGCUCUCUGACCCUCUUCGCGUGGCUUGGAAAGAUAACAUUAGAGACUUACAUAUCCCAGAUCCACAUCUGGCUUAGAUCAGGAGUGCCUAACGGACAACCUCGAUAUCUAUUGUCCCUCAUACCAAAUUACCCAUUGCUGAAUUUCAUGCUCACAACUGCCAUAUAUGUAGCGGUUUCACACAGAAUAUUUGAAUUGACAAACACACUGAAGAUGGCUUUUGUGCCAAGUAGAGAUGACAAGCGCCUGAUGAACAACAUGAUUGCAGCGGUUGCUAUUUCAGUCAUCUUAUAUUCCUUGUCCUUUGUUUUCAUAAACGUUCCAAAUAUGCUGGUAUGAGUAUUUCAUAUGAGAUGGAGCCAAGAACUUUGUUAGACGUAGCACGGGCAGGUGUAAUGGUACUUUCAAUAUCCUGUGAAAGUGGGGCAUCGGAACACAGGCUGGUAAAAUGUCAUAUAAAGCUGCUAAAUUAAUUGUGUUUUCAUUCUCAAUCUAGUGUAUAGGAAAGUAGGUGCUGGAUUUGACACAAAUGAGGUGCUUGUGCGUCUAUCCAUCAUUACGCGGAGUACCCUUGAGUCUCUUGUGUGGGUAUAGUUUGUGGUGCAAUAAGCAGGUUUAAUUUGUAAAGCAUAGCUUAAAAAUCCUCCGAGAAUUGUCGUGGGAUAGUUAAAGUUUGAGUACUUUAUCUAAAUAAUACAAAUAAAUUUUUUUUUAGCUUAAUAA